AUGACGUCACUCAAGCGGCGCGGGGGCGUGACGUCAUCCGAGCGCGCCUCCCGCGGGGCCGACGCCCUGAGCGCAGACUGGCAAAGGCGUUGCUGUGGAGACGGUGCGUCGGGCACCGCCCCCGAGACGGGAUUGGAGGAAGACAGGUCAGCUGCUUUGGUGCUGCUCCCAAAGAGCGCGGAGGCCUGUCCCGUGGACAAUGAGAACUGUGACAAUGGAGAACAUGUCCCCUCAGACCGACGUCUCCAGGUACACGUGGUAGAGAAGCGGGGCCCAACCUCCCGUGUGGCCGAGACCUUCCAGCGUGCCAAGGCCCAUCCGGUCCUGCCCAUGCUUGCUUCUCGGGACUUCUCCCGCCAGCAGCCACAGAAGUGCUCUGCCUUUGAGGGCGCGUGUCUUCCCAUCUUAAGGUGUGGGGGCACGGUUGGUGCUAUUUUCACUUGUCCGCUGGAAGUCAUUAAGACACGGUUGCAGUCUUCCAGAUUAGCUCUUCGGACAGUCUAUUAUCCUCAGGUUCAUCUGGGGACCAUUAGUGGGGCUGGAAUGGUGAGACCAGCAUCGGUGACGCCUGGGCUCUUCCAGGUUCUGAAGUCGAUCUUGGAGAAGGAGGGACCAAAGUCACUUUUUAGAGGCUUGGGUCCAAAUUUGGUCGGAGUUGCGCCAUCAAGGGCUGUGUACUUUGCGUGUUACUCCAAGGCCAAAGAGCAGUUCAAUGGCAUUUUCGUGCCUAACAGUAAUACUGUGCAUAUUUUCUCAGCCGGCUCUGCAGCUUUUGUCACAAAUACCUUAAUGAAUCCUAUAUGGAUGGUUAAAACCCGGAUGCAGCUGGAACGGAAAGUGAGAGGCUCCAAGCAGAUGAACACACUCCAGUGUGCUCGCUACGUUUACCAGACAGAAGGCAUUCGUGGCUUCUACAGGGGAUUAACCGCCUCGUAUGCCGGGAUUUCAGAAACUAUCAUCUGUUUUGCUAUUUAUGAAAGUUUAAAGAAGUAUCUGAAAGAAGCUCCAUUAGCCUCUUCUACAAAUGGGACUGAGAAAACUUCCACGAGUUUUUUUGGACUUAUGGCAGCCGCUGCUAUUUCUAAAGGAUGUGCUUCCUGCAUUGCUUAUCCACACGAAGUCAUAAGGACACGGCUCCGGGAGGAAGGCACCAAGUACAAGUCUUUCAUCCAGACCGCUCGGCUGGUCUUCCGGGAAGAAGGUUACCUUGCCUUUUACAGGGGACUCUUUGCCCAGCUCAUCCGGCAGAUACCGAAUACUGCCAUCGUGUUGUCUACGUAUGAGUUAAUUGUGUACCUGUUAGAAGACCGUACUCAGUAA